AUGGCCGCCCGUGCUGCUGCAGUCGAUCUCGCCAAGAUCUCCAACUUGGGUCUUGGCAAGAACACCCUCGCUCAGAUCUCGGCUUUCCGUAAGCGCGCCGACGACGCCAAGCGUCAGCUCGCCCAGCUCAAGCAGCAGAACACCGACGUCGACUUUUCUCACUACAACAAGGUCCUCCGCAACAAGGACGUCGUCAGCCAGGCUCAGAAGAUCCUCUCCGAGUUCAAGCCCGUCUCGUACGAUGUUCAGGCUCAGCUCAAGGCCAUCGACGCUUUCGAGUCCAAGGCUGUCGAGCAAGCCCAGGCCAGCUCCGCCAAGAUCGAGGCCGAGCUCAAGGACCUCAAGGCUACCCUGAAGAACAUCGAGGACGCCCGACCCUUCGACCAGCUUACUGUGGAUGACGUUGUGGCUGCUCGCCCCGAGAUCGGCCGCACUGUCGACGAGAUGGUCAAGAAGGGCAAGUGGACCACGCCAGGCUACGACGAGAAGUUCGGAAACCUUUCGGCUAUCUAA